AAUUCUUUUGGGGCCGGACUACUUUGGAUGAGGCCUUUCAUUAUCUCAGGCAGCCUGUCGGCUGUUACUCGCACAAAAUAGUUAGCCACGUGUCCACACUAUCAAAUUGAUUAGGAGCUUUUCAAACGGCGCUUUUUUCUUUGUCGCCAUCACCAUAAACGCGACCUCUUCGUUCCUUCUUCUGCAUUUAUUCACUAACAAACAAGAUCAAAACAGCAUAUUCCCGGAAAACGAUGGCGCAUUACUCUCGUGGCCGCGAAGACGAGGUCGACGACUUCGACGAAUACGAUCCGACUCCGUACGGAGGUGGCUAUGACAUCGUGCUUACAUACGGUCGUCCUCUCCCGCCAUCCAAUGAGACCUGCUAUCUCUCCUCGUCCUCGCCGUCCGAUGACUUCGACUACGGUCGGCCCCAGUACUCCUCGUACGCAGAGCCGUCAGCCUAUCGCGAUGAGGCCCUCGAGACUGAGUACAGCAGCUACGCCCGCCCCAAGCCCAGGCCCGCACUCUCUCCACCUGGAGGGGGACAGUUUGGAGGAGGUGGUUAUGGGUUCCCUUCCUCUGGGGUGAACAAGCCCGGACAUGGUGCACCCGAUUACGGGUCGGAGAGACCAGGAUCGCAAUACGGAUCGGGGUAUGACCGAAAGAGCGAGUACGGGCAAACCGAAUCGGAGUACGGGCGGAAGAGCGAGUAUGCACAGGCCGAAUCGGAAUACGGUUCCGGUUACGGUCGGAAGAGUGAGUAUGGGAAGCCAAAUUCACAGGAAUACGGAUCCGGGUAUGGCCGGAAGACCGAUUAUGAGACUCACGAGUCCGAGUACGGAUCAGGUUAUGGGAGGAAGCCCGAGUAUGAGGCGCCCUCAUCUGAGUACGGAUCAGGGUAUGGGCGGAAACAGGUUCAUGAGGAGGAACAGGGUGGUGGUGGGUUUGGGUAUGGAGGGAGGAGCGAGAGGCCGAGGGAUGAUCCGCCUCGGAGGCCAAGUUAUGGGCGGUCCGGGGAGGAGAGCUUUGAGAGGCGUGAUGAAGAUGAUGAUGAUGAUGAUGAUAGUGGCGAGAGGCGCAAGCAUGGAUACGGUGAGGAGAGCUAUGGGCGCAAGAAAUACGGAGAUGAUGGCUCUGAUGAUGAUGAUGAUGAGAAGAAAAAGAAGCACCACCGCUAUAAUCAUCAACAUCACCACCACCGCAAGAGCAAUGAUGAUGAGUGAUUGGAAUGCAUGCGGGUUGGUUUGUGAAUGGGAUUUAUGCCAUAAUAGCUACUAAAUAAUGGGUUGAGGCAUGAGUAAUCUUGAAUCUUUUGUAUUGUACUGAUGGAGUAUUCCAUACUCUUGACAGAUUUAGCUUUAUAAACUCGAUUUUGUUUCAGUAUGGGUGAUUCUAAAUAAAAUCCCAGAUAAUAUUUGGGCUGGUGUGUUUGUUCA